AUGAAUACUCCACUCAGAAGCAGCUGAGACGUCCGCGGGAAUGGUUGUGUGAUUUUUUUUGUCGAGCGAGCUGGAUGUGAAUCUCCUUUGCGACCGCUGGCGGAACAUAUCGGAGAUUGUCUUAUUUACUCGAUUGUUGUGAAAAAGCCGUACUGAACCAGAACCAAAUUGUAAACAUCAAUUACUCGACAGUAAUCCAUGUGCCUUUGAUAUAAAAUAGUGAGUUAUUUUUGUAUAGUCUGCAGAUAUUCACCCACCUGGAUGUGACGAAUGUUCUUAGUUCGCCUUCUGGAUCAUCAACGUUAUGUUCGUAAUUAAUGAGUGCUGCGAAAUAACGCACCCCAAAUCAUAGGCCUUAAGUGAGUGGUUACUGUUUGAGGAAAAAAAAAACAUCAAACGAUGAAAAUCAGUUGCUGAGGCGUGUGAAUCAUCACUAUUGUUAAAAAAAAUGCAGUGAUUUUACGACGCCUCAAGGGGAAGGCUCAGCAACGUCUAAUACCAGUGUGACUCAGUGGAAAGCAAUCAAGAUAAGUAACGUCGCGAAAUCGUGUGCAAUUAUAAAUGAGUAGUCCCGAAGUGCCACCACCAUCUGAGGUAACGCCGUUGAAGAGCAACGAACGCAUACCAUCGUCGUCGCAACUUGCCAAUAGCAGCAGAAGCACCAACAACUCUCCAUCCCAGGAGGCCGCGGAUGCAUGUGAUAGUUCCAACAGCAACAACAGUGCAGUGUCCAAUCCGAAUAGUGAAGUGCCAAUCAUAGAGUGCGUUGAGAGUACCUCCACAAUGGACGACACCAAGCGAAUACUGAUUCGCGUUGGAAUUGACUUUGUUAUCCUUUGUUGUGUCGGCUUCCCUAUACUGAUCUUCUUCCUCAUUGGGCAGCCGUACAAACGAGGCUUCUUCUGCGAUGACGAGUCACUAAUGCACCCGUUCCACGAUUCAACAGUCACGAACUGGAUGCUGUACAUCAUUGGCAUUGCACUUCCGGUGUUAGUGAUAAUCGGUACAGAGUUGGUACGCGCGCACGUGAAAAAGUCGGAUAAACAGCCGCUGAAGGUAUACAACAUCACCGUACCGUACUGGGUCGUGGAAGCGUACAAAUCGGUCGGCGUGUUUGGCUUUGGAGCCGCCUGCUCCCAGCUGCUGACCGACGUCGGAAAGUACACCAUUGGAAGGCUGCGACCACACUUCUUUGAUGUAUGUAAACCAAUGAUGCCGGACGGAACCACGUGCAAUGAUUCAAUCAAUCAAGGCCGCUACAUUGAGGAUUUCUCGUGCACGAGUACGUUAUCAUCCGAGCGCAUGAUUAAAGAAAUGCGGUUAUCAUUCCCUAGCGGUCACUCUAGUUUCUCAAUGUACACUCUUGUGUAUUGUGCGAUCUACCUUCAAUCACGCAUGAACUGGCGAGGAUCCAAACUUCUAAAACACUUUCUUCAGUUUCUUCUGAUUCUACUUGCGUGGUAUACUUGUUUAAGCAGAAUAUCCGACUACAAGCAUCAUUGGUCUGAUGUUCUGGCAGGAGCAGUUCUAGGAUCAACGGUCGCCAUUGUGGUCUCCAAUUACUGUUCGGAUUUGUUUGAUGCGAGACGAAAACGAGCCUCCACGUUGCCACAAACGCGCUACGAACUUAAUCCGAAUCACCCAACUACCAACGGAAACCAGUAGCGAAUAGUGAUAGUAGCUGGCUCUUUUUGUUUGCCAGCUUAGCGAUUCGUCGUUGCGAUUCAAAAUCAAACAUCAAAAGUUCCUCCAGAGCGGAACGAAAGAUUACGCUGCUAUAUUUAUUAUAUAGUAAUAAAAUCUUAUUUAUUUUUAUCAUGCUGCUAAAAAAAAGACACCUCAAGAAACCAGAAAAAACACUAUUUAUUAGUGAUAUGAUUACGAACAGUAGAAGUGUCAUUUUAAGUUUGUUGCUAGCGCUGCAUUUAGUAAGAUACGUUAAAUCAUUACAUACAAGAAGCAAUAAAAGAUUCGGAAGCAGUUAUUUUAAACAAUCCAUAUAGAUGUAAUAUUUCUGUUAAGAAUUCGUUUUGAAAUAUGUUUUAAUACUACAUUCGCUACUUAUGACAAUAAACCACAAUUCAAUUGCA